AUGCAGUCACUAGAAAAUGUGCUGAUGAAGAACGACUUUAUUUACGAGAUCCGGGAAGAACCCGGAACAGAGAUCGUAACAGAGAUCUUCUUUCUUCAUCGGGACUCGAGAGUCUUGUGGCGUGCAUUCCCCCACGUCAUGAUGAUCGAUGCAACGUACAAGACAAACAUAUACAAUAUGCCCUUUAUCCAGAUUGUUGGUAUGACGCCUACCAACAAAUCGUUUAUUAUCGCGCAUGCCAUUGUUAGUAAAGAACGGGGUGAUAACUUUGUGUGGGUGCUUGAGAGGGUUAAGGCAAUGUUGGAUGAAUGUAUGGAGCCACGUGUGAUUUUAACGGAUAGAGACCUAGCCCUUAUGGGCGCGUGUGCUAAAGUAUUUCCAGACGCCUCCAGGCUUCUUUGCAGGUGGCACAUACAACAGAAUGUUAUGAAGCACUGCAAGGGUGCCUUCACAGACGACGACUGGAAGAAAUUUUUGUCAUUCUGGGGUUCAUUGAUUGAGUCUCCAUCCAUACCCAUCUACGACUACCACUUGCGCAACAUGCGAAAGCGACUUGUGGAGUGCAAACGUUCUAAGCGUCCGAUUCAACUCGAAGACAUAGACGUCUUCUGGCGGAAACUUAACUUCCAAAGUUGUAAAUUGAUAGACGACUCCCUUGACGUGGUCGAAGAGCUAGAUGUUGUUAGACAACAAUUACAGUCGCACCCUCCAGCUCAGCAAAAAAGCCUGCUUUCAAAGAUUAAAGCGGUGUUGACUCCAACGAAAUCUACCAAGAAACCACCGGUUGUCCAACAAAAUACUCGUGGCCGACCAACAACAAAGCAGGUACAAGAAAGGUUGGACGAGGCCUCUCGUAUAGAUGAAGAAUUGAGGAGAAGCUCCUUCGGUGAUGCAAACACGUGCUUUGAAGGUUCACGACAAAUGUUCCAUCCGUACGUCUCGUGCAUACGAGAUGUGAUGCCGGACGGUCAUUGUGGGUUUCGGUCUGUGGCUGUGGGCUUAGGGAUGGAUCAGAGUUCAUGGGGGCGUAUUAGAAGGGACCUUGUCCAAGAAAUGGAUCAGAACGAAUCGAUCUGGUUCCCAAUAUUUGAAGCAUGGGCUGCAGGUUAUUUUUACACGCAUCGUCAGGGCCUAAUUUGGGAUUCAGUGGCCGGUUGUGGGGAGAAUCACUGGAUGGACUUCCCCUUUGCAGGACUUCUUAUUGCACAAACGUACGGUAUCGGGGUGCACCUGUUAACGACAACCAUGGGUGCGAGUUCCACUUACUUCCCAAUACUAAGUCCUCCGGCUAAUCAACAACCAUUAUUCAUAACGCUUACACAUGUUAACGAGAACCACUUCAUACAUGUUAAGCUGGAAGGGGAUUAUCCUAUGCCACCAGCACACGGGCUAUGGUUGACCCACCGAAGACCCCACACAGAACAAUGGGAAGAUAUGUACUUGCCACGUCUAGAAUGGUAUACAUCGAUAAUGAAUCCUCGACCAAGAUCAAACCCCAGUCUUAAUUACAUAGAUAGUUACACGGAAGAAUGA